CUCCUCUAAUAAAACUUCCCGCUACCUGACAAACGAUUCGGCAUCUCCCUCCCCGUUCCAAACUCGAACAGGUUUGCCUUCGUAAAUCUCUUCUUUCUCUAAAGCAAGAAAAGGAAGAGAAAAAUUCUCCAAAAUGAAGAGAUUCAAUCUUUCAGUUAAUCGUCCUCUCUCUGUCCUGCUCACCACGCUUUGUUUUUUCUCCUCCGCUUCCAGUCUCAAGAUCGGAGAAACGUGUUCUUCUACAAGUAGUGCAUGCGACGCCGGUUUAACUUGCCAAACUUGCCCGAUAAGUGGAAAUACCCGACCCAGAUGCACCCGGAUCCAGCCGCUGAACCCGACGUCAAAAGUCAAUGGUUUGCCAUUCAACAAGUAUUCAUGGCUAACUACCCACAACUCGUAUGCUAUCAGAGGGUCAAAACCUGCUGUUGGACCCGUGCUUAUCUCCCCGACUAACCAGGAGGACUCUGUUACGAGUCAACUCAAGAAUGGCGUUCGAGGACUUAUGCUGGACAUGUAUGAUUUUGAAAAUGACAUCUGGUUGUGUCAUUCCACUGGUGGCAAGUGCUAUAAUUUGACAGCAUUUCAACCUGCAAUUAAUGUGCUCAAGGAGAUCUCUGUGUUUCUGGAAGCAAACCCAUCAGAGAUUGUUACCAUCUUUAUCGAGGAUUACGUGGCAUCCCCACAGGGUUUGACCAAAGUUUUCGAUGCAGCUGGUCUCAGAAAAUUCUGGUUUCCAGUGUCAGCGAUGCCUAAAAACGGUGGAGAUUGGCCAACAGUGGAUGAUAUGGUCAAACAAAAUCAACGCUUGGUAGUGUUCACUUCUAAAUCAGCUAAAGAGGCUUCUGAAGGGAUUGCUUAUCAGUGGAACUAUGUGGUAGAAAGUCAAUAUGGUAAUGAAGGAAUGACAGCUGGUUCUUGUUCAAAUCGUGAUGAAUCAUCUCCUAUGAAUACAAAAUCUAGGUCCCUGGUUCUCCAGAAUUACUUUCCUACUGAUCCUAAUAUAACAGUAGCUUGUUCUGACAAUUCGGCUCCGCUAAUUAGCAUGAUAAAGACUUGCCAUAAAGCAGCUGGCGAAAGAUGGCCAAACUUCAUCGCUGUUGAUUUUUACCAGAAAAGCGAUGGUGGAGGAGCCCCAGAAGCCACAGAUGAAGCAAAUGGUCAUCUUACAUGUGGAUGCGAUAGUAUAGCCUAUUGCAAGGCCAAUGCUACAUUCGGAUCCUGUGACGUUCCCCCAAUUUCACCCCCUCCACCUGCUGCUGAGGCCGUUACACAAAGUCCGCCAGAAACUCCGGCAAAUACAGGUCUUCUCAGUAGCAGACCAGUCCUAAAAUGGUCUUUGCUGGGGACAAUUAUUGCCAAAUCUUUUCUCUUAUAGUUAUAGUUCCUAUAAACCACGUCUUUUUUUAUUAUCGGUCAUAUUUUUUACUAAUUUUCUUGUUUUUACCUCGUUUGGGUCACAGAAAAUUUUUUUUUUCUUCUCUAGUUCUUGUAAAAUCUCGAUAAUCUUGGUUCAUAUGGGAUUCAGCUGCUCACAGCCUUCUUGUUUCAUAUAAACUAUGGAGUGCAGUUUUGUUCGUUUGAA